AUGAAUGCAGAAAGGAGGCCUCCUCCACUGAAGCAUAUUCCUCCUUCGUCACCUCCUCCCAAAGAGCGUGUCUUGCAUUCCAUUUUUUCUCCGUCGUAUCACACGGAUAAGCAAGGUGAUAAGGAAGAAGUACAAAUCGGCUUCCACUCCCCUCCGCGGAGAAGCUAUGCGACCUCGACAGAAGAAGGACCAGCAAUUGUAGGCGCAACCCUUAGCACUCAACCAAACAAUCUAAGCCCAAUGUCAGCAAUCUCUGCCUUUACUGCGGGGACCUCCCAUUGGCAACAAGAGAAAAAUAGACGAAGGACAAUAACUUCAACUUCUGAUGACGCCCUCAACACCUCGGUUGAUACGCUAAAAACAAUCGAAAUGCUCAACUUUAAGUUCAUUCGAAGUUGCGAUUCCCCCGACCGGUUGGAGCGAGUUUUGAAGGUGUUGAAUAGCACAAAGAGAGAUUCCCCUCUACUUCUCCAAGAAACUAAAGACCGCUUGAGUACUCUAAGGCAAACACAGAAUCAACAAAAUGGUGCAUAUAAGAGUACUCGUCUUUUGCACCAGACCGAAAUGAGGACUGAGUUUGAGUCGCCUGGGAAAGAGUACUUCUCUUCAUGCGCUGCCAACAUUUCUAGGAUUACAAACGGAAAUUCAACCCUUGAUUCGAUUGAUCCAACCAAGACGAACUCUUUGAACUUGUCCCUGUCACCACAGUCUGUGCUGCACGGAGUCGAAUUCGUUGACACACCCUAUGGCGAUGAAAGCACAUCCUUUUUCCAACCGUCGGCGAUAACGGAAACCCCCAACCGGAAUGAAAUCAUUGCAGUGGAGAAACGCUUGACUCCCAUUGAAGAGCGCACAGGCAGUAGCCCUGUGCCGCCACCGCCACCACCGCCACCACCGUCACGACCAAUAGAUUCCCAUAAAACCAAGGAAAAAGUACACGGAUCAUUCCUUCAGAAACUUCAAAAUCUUGAAACAGCCAAGAAGGAAGCAGAAAAGGUGGUCGAAAAUCUUCAAAGCCAAGUGCAUGAAGCAAACAACAAAACCAAACAUAUGCAAACGGUUGUUCGGGAGAUGACAAAGGAAAAGAAGAAGCAGCACGAAGAAGCGGAAAAAGAGCGCAAGACCUUCGAAGCACAGCAGCGCCAAGCAACUACAGUCGAAAAGGGUCUCCAGGAGCGGGUCUCUUCGCUUAUUGAGCAGCUUCGUCAAACUGAAGAGAAAGCAAGACUUGUAAUGAGAGCGGAGAAGAAUAUUCGAGUGGAAAGGGAAAAACAGUUGUCGCAUGUUCAACACAAGAAUCAAGAACUCAAUGCCAUGCUGGAGAAGGCGAAACAAAAUUUGGAGAGUAUGAAGCAACGGCAAGCGACCUUUCGAAUGGAACUAUUUCGGUGCAUGGGGCUGAGCAUUGAUGAGUGGCGAAACUCGUCAAGCCGUGAUUUACUCGCAGAGCUUUCAAAGAAAAUGAGCAUGAUGUCCGAAGAGAAUCGUAAUGCAAAGAUAGAGAUCCAAUCGAGGCUCAAGAUUGCCGAAGAGCGAGAACGUCUCGAAGCUCAACUGCAGAAGACAAUCGACGAAAAGAAACAGUUGCAGGAAGAAAAUUCCAAACUAAGUGACAGAAUCCAAGACUUGGCGGAAGAAGUCGAGAGCAGCCGAGCGUAUAUUGACAAGCUGUUAAGAACUUCUCAUGACGCCAAUCAGGAUGAUUGGGAGACACGCGAAAAGAAGUACAAGACUGUCAUUCAAAACUUGAGACAACAGAUUAGAAAGCAGGGAUCGACUGUAAAACUCGACCUCUACAAAAGCGCCUUGGACGAUGGGAAAAGGAAAAGCCAAGAUCUUCAGGAGGCAAACAAGAGAAUUGCGACGCUAGUUGCGAAGGUGGUAGAGCUCGAGAAAACAGACAAGACUUCCAGCGCUCUUGGCCAUCUUCCAAGCCCAGAAGGAAAGCAAGCAGUGAGGAGGGUUGCGGAAUCGCCAACUGAGUAUCUCAACGGAGAGACGAAUACUCGAUCUCUUGGGAAACCCAUCCGCCACAUCAUGGGCAUCGAGCAAACCAAUGAUGAAAUAGACAUGCGGCCCAUUCCUUUCAAAAUUGACCAAUCAUAUGAGAAAAUGGAGACAAAAACCCCAAUCCAGAGAAGGAAAUCGCAAACCAAAACGCCCAAGUCUCAUGACAAAUCUGUAUCAGUCAUCACACAACACAAGAGUCCAGAUUAUCAGAACGCUUGGACAAAGCGACGUAACAAGGAUGACCUACUUGGUUUCGAGGUUCUCAUUCCAGCUGAAACAAUAGAAACGUCAGAGCAAAGAACAUCACGUUUUAAGGAAGCCGAUUUCAACGUCUGGAAUGACAAUUACGUUGAGAGUCCACAGCUCAACUCAAAGACCUCGAACUAUCCAUCGAGGAAUAAAUUUGUCCAAAAGCAUCUCAACAGCGGCAAGAAGAAGAACAAAUCUCCUCUCUUGGAAAGGAAAGAGCGACGGCAACGACAAGAAGAAGCGAAAAGAAGAGAACUCUUGUCGCAGUCUAAGGAGGAUCAUACCGGUACCACAUUGACGCCUGUGAGCAAGAAAAGCACACCACCUCAUCUAGUCGGUGACGAAAAUGUAGAUCCAGCAAAGAGUGACUGCAACAGUGCUGACUUUGCUCCGGUAUCAAGCCCAAGAAAAUCCACUCCACGUGAAUUAGCGCGGCAAGCUGGGGGUAGAAGAGCCUUGGCUGAGAAAGUGAGAAAAAUGAGAUCACCUUCUUCCAAAGUACGAACUGCAACGGUACAACGAAUCAGAUAG